AGUUUCCUAUUUUUAACUCAGUUCUAGGCCGAGUUCUCCGGACAGGACAGCUGCCCCACACCACAUCUCUUCUUGUCUACCGUCAGGAAUAGCUGGCCUAUCAGAUCUCCUCUGCUGCCCGGUUUCAACAGAGAAGUCGGCCCUCUCUUAGCGGCGCACUCAUUGCUUUCACUUUGGAAUUUACACUCACCAUCCCUUACUUUUCUAUGGAAAUAUUUUUUAAAUGGCUGAUUUAAAACUAGUCCGCCCAGUCUUCAUCUGAAUUGUACAGCUCAUGACAUCAGACCGAGCGACAUGGCAUUCUCAUCACGCUUUUCCUUCUGGGAGCAAAAGGUCAAAGAAGAGAACCCACCUGGCAAAAAUCUGGAAAAUGAAGGCCUAAUGCGGGCCCAGUCUGUGUCAGCCCUAGAUCCAGGAAGGGGAUUCUUCCAGGCUAAAAGCCCCCCUCCAGUGUCACGAUCAGAGUCUACAGCAAGAUUCAGGAGCCCUUCCCCCCCGAAGUUUAGAGCGCCCGUAAAAGUUCCAGAGCGUUUCAAAAGCCCAGAGCCACGAUCAAACAUUCAGGACCAUGUAAGGAGUCCAGAACCUCCUCCAGAAAACCGACAAUAUCCAGGCAAAGUAAUUAAUGGUGAUGAAAAUGUAAAUGGGAGUAUAGUCAAUGGUAAUUCUGCUAUUAAUGGCAAGAUCAAACCUAUGGAAAAUCUGGCUGGUAUGUUGCCGAACCCAGAGGACCAGGGCGUAACUCGCAAGAAGGUGGUGAAGGUGGUGCGCCGCAUUGUCCGAAAGGUUAUACCCACAGAGGAGGAACCUUCUAAGGAGCCAGAACCAACCUCAAUAGAGGUCUCAAAACUUGUUAAACCAGUGACUGAACCACUCAAAUCGAUCACCUCUGCGUUGCCAGGAUCAGUGCCCAAGGGUUCCAAAAUGUCAGCAUUCUCCUUCAAACAUGACACCAUUAAAUCGGAGGAGAAGGAUGAGGCACUGGCGUGCCUCAUCGGCAGAGGCAGGACAAAAGAACCUCGUUCAAGGAUACAUAAGGAGGAGUUACAGGAAAUGCUGGAGCCGGUAGAGAAAAAGGAGGAGAAAAAACAAGACUGUCUCCAUGUUCCCAAGCAUGUUGAGACUGAGUUGAAACCUGAAAUGACACUUGCAUCUCGAAAACAGCAGAACAAAGCUCCAGGAACUCCACAGGCUUCUGCCAGCACUUCUACCAGCACUUCUAUUGGUGGCUCUACUUCAACUGCAGCAAUUUUCAAAACAUCCCAGUCUAGUAUCUCUAGUCCACCAUCUGCAGCCGUUAUUCCAGCAUCUAGAUCCUCAUCACUCGUACGCCCUGAAUGUCUCAAUACAACACCAAAGCCCCCACCUGCUUUGGCAUCUGUCACAAAAUCAACUGCUGCCGUUCCCACUGCUGUUAAAUCCACCCUUCCUGCCGGUCCUUCAUCCACGGCUGGCACCAAAAGCCCCCGUCUACUUCCAAUUGCAUCUGCUGUUGAAGCCCAAAAGCACUCGGUUGUCCGCCUCCCUGUGGGAACCUUAUCAUCCCCCUCCAUGGCUAGUUCCUCCUCUCCCAUUCAAGGAUCCAUCCUUUUCCAACCCCAUGUUGCUGAUGGAAAAGAUAAGGAGGUGCCGCUCAGCCCUACAGAGGAGGCUCAGAUACGUCUGAUGAGGAUCUUCAGUGCUCCUCUGGAACCAGCAGAUAGUGUGUCAUCUGUCAGAGCUACUGUCCCCUUGGUAGUACCUCGUGCCUCCAUUCAGGAUGUGGUGGAAGAGGACACUUUGGCCCUUCUACAGGCCUCCCACGCUGCAGUCCAGAAGCCCAAGGUGAAAACUGAGGAGCAGAUAACCGCAGAGCAGGCAUGGUUUGGCUCAGAAAAAGUUUGGCUGGUCCACAAGGAUGGUUUCUCCCUAGCCACGGUGUUGAAGACGGAGGCCGGCUCCCUUCCAGAGGGGAAGGUUAAAGUUAAACUGGAACAUGAUGGGACGAUACUUGACGUGGAUGAGGAUGAUGUAGAAAAGGCCAACCCUCCAUCCUACGAUCGGACUGAAGACCUAUCCUCCCUGCUCUACCUCAAUGAGUCCAGUAUCAUGCACUCCCUGAGGCAGCGCUACGGAGGCAAUUUGAUCCACACCUACGCCGGUCUCAACACCGUGGUCAUCAACCCACUGAGUACAGCGUCCAUGUACUCUGAGAAGGUGAUGCACAUGUUUAAAGGUUGCCGACGCGAGGACACUGCCCCCCACAUUUACUCCGUGGCCCAGACGGCGUACCGCAAUUUACUGACUACACGCCAAGACCAGUCCAUCGUGUUGCUUGGAAAGUCUGGCGGCGGCAAGACCACCAACUGCCAGCACUUGGUCCAAUACCUUGUCUCUAUUGCUGGUAGCACUGGCAAGAUCUUUUCUGCUGAAAAAUGGCAGGCGGUGUACACCAUUCUCGAAGCCUUUGGUAAUAGCUCCACCUCCAUGAACACAAACGCCAGUCGAUUCUCACACAUCAUCUCCCUGGACUUUGACCAGGCUGGCCAAGUUGCCUCUGCUUCUAUUCAGACCAUGCUUCUUGAGAAGUUGAGGGUGACCAGGCGGCCUGCCACAGAGUCAACCUUCAACAUCUUCUACUACAUGAUGGCUGGAGCCGACAGCAACCUCAGAACGGAGCUGCACUUCAACCAUUUUGCAGAGAACAGUGCUUUUGGGAUCCUGCCUCUGUCCAAGGAAGAUGAAAAGAAGCGGGCUGCCCAGCAGUUCACCAAGCUGCAGGCAGCCAUGAAGGUUCUGGGUAUCUCUGGCGAGGAGCAGAAGGCCCUCUGGCUCGUGUUGGGGGCCAUUUACCACCUGGGAGCAGCAGGGGCCACAAAGGCGGGACGCAAGCAGUUUGCCCGACACGAGUGGGCCCAGAAGGCGGCCUACCUGCUGGGCUGCAGCCUGGAGGAGCUCUCCUCCGCCAUCUUCAAGCACCAGGCCAAAGGACUGCAGCGCUCCACCUCCUUCAGAGGAGGCCCUGAGGAGGCUGGCGAUGGACCAGGUUCUAAGAUCACUGCCCCGGAGUGUCUGGAGGCCAUGGCCUCAGGCCUCUACUCUGAGCUCUUCACCUUGGUCGUCUCCCUGGUGAACAGGGCGCUGAAAUCCAGUCAACACUCUCUGUGCUCCCUCCUGAUUGUGGAUACGCCAGGCUUCCAGAACCCACGCAUGGCUCAGCGCCAGCGGGGAGCCACCUUUGAGGAGCUCUGCCACAAUUAUACCCAGGAGAGGCUGCAGACUCUCUUCCAUGAGCGCACUUUUGUCCAGGAGCUGGAGAGAUACAAGGAGGAAAACAUAGAGCUUGCUUUAGAUGACAUAGAGUCCAGCACCUCUAAGUCUGUAGCUGCUAUUGAUCAAGCCUCAGCCCAAACCCUGGUGCGUACCUUAGCUAGGACGGAUGAGGCGCGGGGCCUGCUGUGGCUGAUGGAGGAGGAGGCGGUUCAGCCCGGGGGAUCAGAGGAGACCCUGCUGGAGCGGCUAUUCAGCUACUAUGGCACCCCGCACGGAGAAAGCAACAGGCCCAGCCUGCUGCUGAAAGGAGACAAGCCCCAGCACUUCCUGCUGGGCCACAGCUCUGGGACGGACUGGGUGGAGUACGACGCCCAGGGCUGGCUCAGCCACGCCAAGCAGAACCCCGCCUUCCAGAAAGCUGCCACACUGCUGCAGGACUCUCAAAAGAAGAACAUCAGCGGGCUGUUCACGGGCCGGGCGGGCGGGGCCACGGUGCUCUCCGGCUCCAUCGCCGGUCUGGAGGGGGGCUCGCAGCUGGCCCUGCGCCGGGCCACCAGCAUGAGGAAGAACUUCACCACGGGCAUGGCUGCCGUCAAGAAGAGGAGCCAGUGCAUACAGAUCAAGCUUCAAGUGGAUGCAUUAAUUGACACAGUGCGCCGAUCCAGGAUACAUUUUGUCCACUGCCUCCUUCCCAAAGUGGAGUCAGUAGGCGUGGUGGGGGACCCCCGCGUGUCUCACGGAGACACCCCCGACUCUGGCCUCAUGACCCUUGACGUGGGCCUGCUCCGGGCCCAACUCCGGGGCUCUAAGCUACUAGAUGCUCUGCGCAUCUACAGGCAAGGGUACCCUGAUCACAUGGUGUUCUCUGAAUUCCGGCGACGCUUUGAUGUGCUGGCGCCACACCUGACCAAAAAGCAUGGGCAUCACUACAUUGUCACCGACGAAAGAAGGGCAGUGGAGGAGCUGUUGGACUCUUUGGAACUGGAGAAGACCAACUACCACAUGGGGCUUAGUAGAGUUUUCUUCAGAGCGGGGGCUCUCACCAAGUUGGAAGAGCAGCGUGACGUGCAGACCCGGAGGAACCUCACUCUGUUCCAGUCUGCUUGUCGUGGCUUCCUGGCCAGGCAGGCCUUCAAGAAAAGAAAGAUUCAAAACCUGGCCAUCCGCUGCAUCCAGAAGAACAUUAAGAAGAACCGUGGUGUGAAGGGCUGGCCGUGGUGGAAGCUCUUCACCACCGUCAGGCCUCUCAUAGAGGUGCAGCUCACUGAGGAGCAGAUCCGCGGCAAGGACGAGGAAAUCCAGCAGCUGAAGCAGAGGUUGGAGAAGGUGGAGAAGGAGCGGAACGAGCUGAGACUUAACAGUGACCGGCUCGAGAGCCGGAUCACAGAGCUAUCAUCAGAAGUCGCUGAUGAGCGAAACACAGGCGAGUCUGCCUCACAGAUGCUGGAGACGGAGACCUCUGACAGACUACGUCUGGAGAAGGACAUGAAGGAACUGCAGACCAAGUUUGACAGUGUAAACAAACAGAUGGAGUCGAUGGAGAUGGAAGUGAUGGAAGCCCGCCUCAUCAGGGCCUCCGAGCUCAACGGAGAGAUGGACGAUGAUGACACAGGAGGAGAGUGGAGGCUGAAGUACGAGCGGGCCAUCAGGGAGAUUGAGUUCACCAAGAAGCGGCUGCAGCAGGAGUUUGAUGACAAGUUGGAGGUGGAGCAGCAGAACAAGAGGCAGCUGGAGAGGAGGAUCAGUGACCUGCAGGCAGAUAACGAGGAGUCCCAGCGCAUCGGUCAGCAGCUGAAGAAGAAGCUCCAGCGGCUGACGGCAGAGCUGCAGGACACCAAGCUGCACCUGGAGGGACAGCAGAGCCGCAACCACGACCUGGAGAAGAAGCAGAGGAAGUUUGAUAGCGAACAAAGUGUUUCUCAAGAGGAGGUGCAGAGAGAGAGGAGCCUGAGGGAGAAGCUGGGCAGAGAGAGAGAUGUUCUGGCUGGAGAGGUCUUGGGACUCAGACAGCAGCUUGAGGACAAGGAGCUGGAGUUGACUGCUGUGCAUCUGAAGCACGAGCAGCUGGACGCCGAGCUGCAGGACCUCAGCUCCCAGGAGACCAAGGACGAGGCCUCCCUCUCCAAGGUGCGCAAGCAGCUGCGGGACAUCGAGGCCAAGGCCAAAGACCAGGAGGAGGAGCUGGACGAACAAGCAGGAACCAUUCAGAUGCUGGAAAAGGCUAAACUACGGUUGGAGAUGGAGAUGGAGCGGCUGCGCCAAACACACUCAAAGGAUUUGGAGAGCAAAGAGGACGAAGUGGAGGAGAUCAGACAGUCCUCCAGUAAGAAGCUAAGGCAGAUGGAGGUCCAGCUUGAGGAAGAAUAUGAUGACAAGCAGAAGGUUCUGAAGGAGAGGAGGGAGUUGGAGGCCAAACUGUGUUCAGCAAAGGAGGAGGUCAGCCACGUGGACAUUGAGACAGAGAAGAGGCUCAGGAAGGACCUGAAGAGGACCAAGGCCCUGUUAGCGGACGCCCAGAUCAUGUUGGACCACAUGAAGAACAACGCGCCCAGCAAGAGGGAGAUCGCCCAGCUCAAGAACCAGCUGGAAGAGUCUGAGUUCACUUGUGCAGCAGCAGUCAAGGCCCGCAAGGCCAUGGAGGUGGAGAUCGAGGACCUGCAUGUCCAGAUGGAGGACAUCUCCAAAGCUAAGCAGGCGCUGGAGGAGCAGUUCAGCCGUCUGCAAAGGGAGAAGAAUGAUUUACAGUCCCGCAUAGAGGAAGACCAGGAGGACCUGAACGAGCUUGUGAAGAAGCACAAGUCUGCUGUGUCUCAGGCUGCUCAGAACCUGGGCCAGAUCAGCGACCUGCAGGCCCAGCUGGAGGAGGCCCUCAAGGAGAAGCAGGAGGUCCAGGAGAAGAUGCAAGCUCUGCAGAGUCAGCUGGAGUUCAAGGAGCAGUCCACGGUGGAGAGGUCCCAGGUGGGCCGCCAGGAGGCCAAGGUCCGGGAGCUGGAGACCAAGCUGGAGUUUGAGAAGACUCAGGUCAAACGCCUGGAGAGUCUGGUGGCCCGCCUCAAAGAGAACCUGGAGAAGCUGAUGGAGGAGCGAGACCACUGCAGCACCACGGAGAACCGGGAGAAGGAGCAGAACAAGAGGCUGCAGAGGCAGAUCCGGGACGUCAAGGAGGAGAUGGGCGAGCUGGCCAAGAAGGAGGCCGAGGCCAGUCGGAAGAAACACGAGCUGGAAAUGGACAUUGAGAGCCUUGAGGCUGCCAACCAGAGCCUGCAGGCUGAUCUCAAGCUGGCCUUCAAGAGAAUCGGGGACCUUCAAGCAGCCAUCGAGGAUGAGAUGGAGAGUGAUGACAAUGAAGACCUCAUCAACAGUUUGCAAGACAUGGUGACAAAAUAUCAGAAAAGAAAGAACCGAACCGAGGGUGAAUCAGAAACAGACUCUGAGGCUGAGAACCGUGUGGAUGGAGUGAAAUCCUGGCUCUCCAAAAGCAAGGGGUACAGCAAGAACCUCUCUGAUGAUGGCAGCCUUAAAAGUUCCAGCCCAACGAGUCAGCGUCGAUUCGGCUUUGACAGAUCUGAUGAAGAGGCGGAGGAGGAAGAAAAGGAAGAGAGGAGUGCGCUCCCGUCCUCCCCCCGCUGUUGAUGCCAACACAGCGGCCCCCUGUAGGUGGCAGGGACCUCCUGGCGGCCCGAUGCAUUGGAGCGUUGAUGCACACACUGGUCACGCUUUCCAUCACUUUAUUCUCCUUGCAUGCAAUUUGUGCCAAAUGUUUGCGUCUGUAGACGUAGCAGUCACACACACACACACACACACACACUCAAACACAAGAUGAACUCCCCAAGGUAUAUUAAUUUCCUGCCGGAAAGCAUCUUGUCGCUUACGUUGUUAAUCCUGUGCGGAACUGGCAUUGCUGGGUUCUUAAAGGGUUUGGGUGAAGUGUGUGCAGUCUGCGUUCCCAGAUCACUGUCUGGAGGCAGUGGCUUGGCUUAGGCAGCACGCCCUUCCCUAUUUGCGCUGCCUUGCAUUAUCGUUGUAACCGAGCCAAAGAACUUGAGGUUGCAAUUAUAUAUACUCACACACUAUAUAUAACCAAAAAACACCACCGUGAUCGAAGUAGACUCCUCGACAGUUGGUCUCGUCCGGCUGUAUGUAGAUUUGAGUGAACUGACAGAGGAGACUGAAAACGGAUAAAGAAAAGUUUUUAUCGGCUUGGUUUUCUAACCUUUUGCUACUUUUUCCCUCUUUUGCUGGCAAAUACUUUCUUCCUUUUAUGCUGAUGCGGCAAUAACUACUCUGCAAACCACUUUCCCCCCCGUUUUUAUUUGGAUUGAUUAUAUGUUUGGAGUAUGGCCCUCAAGGAAGUGCAUUUCCAUAAAGCUUGAGUGUAACUUCUGCAAAAUGCCUUUUCAGAUUUUCGUCUGUGUCCUAGCAAGAAUCAUUUUUAACUAAGCUCUGCUCGUCACACAGGAUCUGCCUUUUUAUUUUCUAUCAGACCUACAUUGCUUUCCAAAGGAAAUUAACAUGGGCAUUGAAUUUAGGUUGCCAUUAUAAAAAAACACUACUAUGAGCUCCUCAGUCACUGAGUUGCUUUUCAAUGCGCUCCACUCAUUAAGUGUGUCUUCGAGGUCUUUGUGCUGAUUAAUGAUGUCAUUUUUCAAAGUAAACGCAUUGAGAAGCAAACAUGAUAACAAAGACUUUCAUGGUUGUUCAUGUUUGACAUCAAACCCAUCGGCCAUAUUUAUAAUAUUUAUGAAGUAGAAAUACAAUAUUUUUAGCAAAUUGUACAUCGUUCAUGGAUCUUAACAUGAGGGCUUCCUGAAACUGAGAAAAAAGUAGGUUGUCAUUGCCUCUUAUGGGUUGUAUUCAACACUAUGCAGUCAGGUUGAGGAUUUUUUGACUUCCUCUUAAUAAAAAUGGCUCAAUAAACCACUUAAUUAAGGAAGAUCACUUUGCCUAUCGUAUACUUUAAUAUAUAUGUAUGAUUUAUGCAAGCUUUUAACUGGUUCAUGUUGAUUGUCAUUGAACAAAUUCACCAUGUGCUAUUAUGGUAAUAAUUUUGCAUACAGUUUAAUAUAUUGUAAAUAAAUAAUGGUAAUUGUUAUAUAA